CGAGCGAAAAAAAACCCACUCUCUCUCUCUCACACAGCGAGACAUACAGAAAAAACAUAACGUAUUGGAGGGCGUUAGGGUCCCAUCUCGCUCGCUUGCACGCAGGCAGGCAACGUGGCCAUGCAAGCCCCAGUUGCGCAUCUCCCCCGCUGCGUUUCUGGUAGCGGAGGAGUGGAUCUUGUACAUUCCCCUUGCUGCGAACUUUAUCGCCAACUUUUGGUUCUGCGCAUCGUGCUCUCCCUUGCGUAGUUCAACCUCGGCUUAGGGUUUUGGUUUCUAAUCUGCGAGGUUUUUGCUUCUUCUGCCACAUGCUGUGAGAGUGCGGGCUUAGGAUUCCAUUGGAUACUGGCGUUGCCGUGAAUCUUCAGAUCUCCGACGCCGGAUUUUGGUUGUCUUUUGAAGUUGCUGGGGUGCUUUCCAGGGAUCGUGGUGGAGAGCGUGGAUUGAGGCUGUGGUGGCCGUUUGAGGAUCAGCAGGUUUUAGUUGGUAGGGAGGGAGUGUUAUGGAAGGCGGAAUUUCUUAGUGCAUCGGGUUGGGAAUGUAGAAUUGGGGGCAGUAGAGGUGGGGAAGAGAGGACGAUAGGGGUGCAGGAGCGUGCAAGGAUGUAUGGCAGGUUGAGCACUCGGAGUGGGCCACCUGAGCAGCAUGUAGUGAGGCUAGAGCAGGUGCCCCGGUGGAUCGAGCAAGAGCCUCUCUCGCCGUCCGCAAGUCACAGCGAAAAUGAAACCUCUGAUCGGGGCUUCGUUGAUCCUCUCACUACGUCGCUAGCAGGUUCUGAGAAUGGAGGAACAACUUAUGCAGCAACUUCCAAGUUUCAUGUUGAUCAUGACAUCAAUGCAAAGCUCUAUCUUUGGCGGGGUACCCCGUGGGUGUUAGAAGUUGAUGCAGUUGUCAAUUCUUCUAACGAGAACCUGGAUGAAGCACACAGCAGUCCUGGCUUGCACCCGGCGGCUGGACCUGGGCUUGCGGAGGAGUGCGCUGCUCUGGGAGGGUGCCGAACCGGAUUGGCCAAAGUCACGAGUGGCUAUGAUCUACCUGCAAGGCGUGUAAUUCACACAGUAGGGCCUAGGUAUGCAGUACGGUACCAUACCGCAGCCGAAAACGCCCUUAGUCAUUGCUAUCGAUCAUGUCUGGAACUUCUAAUCGAGCAGGAGCUUUCAAGCAUUGCAUUUCCUUGCAUCUACACAGAAGCAAAAGGUUAUCCAAGAGAGCCUGCUGGGCAUGUUGCUAUACGGACCGUGAGGCGUUUCUUGGAGAAGCACAAGGACAAGAUUACUGCUGUAGUCUUUUGCACCUCUAAUUCUACUGAUACAGACAUUUAUAAAAGAUUGCUACCAUUGUAUUUCCCAAGAGAUAAGCAUGAGGAGGAGAUUGCCGCUACUAAGCUGCCAAGUGAUGUAGGAGAUGAAAAUGGAGAAACAGUCAUUUCUGAACGCAAGAUUAGAAUAUCCGCAUUGCCUGGGAUAGAUGGCUCUCCGACAAGCAUAAUACCCGUCUCAGGAGAUGUUACCCCUACUUAUCGAUCAACUGCUAUCAAAAGGAAUGACUCAAUCGACGGGUUGGUUGACCCAGCCUUCAUGUCAAUGACACGAGAUCCUGACCAGAGACGGAAAGAGCAGUGGGAGAAAGCUGCACAAUCCCAGGCAGGAUGGGCAUGGGGCAGAUGGUUAGGUCUUGGAGGUUUAGGGGCUCCUGCCCUCUCUUCUACUGAACAGGAUUCUCUUCAUGGGCGAUUUCUUGCCAGGGCAAAUGCUGUGAACCUUACAGAGGUUGCAGAGAUGAAGAUUUUGUACCGGGGUGGAGUAGAUGUGGAUGGGCGACCAAUCAUGGUGGUUGUUGGAGCUCAUUUUCUUCUCCGUUGUCUUGACCUGGAGCGUUUUGUACUGUACGUUGUGAAGGAGAUGGAACCACUCAUUAAUAGGCCUUACUCGAUGGUGUACUUCCAUUCAGCCGCAGCACUCUCAAUACAACCUGAUUUGGGAUGGGUGAAGCGCCUUCAUCAGAUUUUAGGCCGGAGACAUAAACAUAAUCUACAUGCAAUCUAUAUAUUGCAUCCAACUAUUGGUUUGAAAACUACAGUGAUGGCCUUGAGUUUAUUGGUGGAACCUGAGGUUUGGAAGAAGGUUGUAUAUGUAGAUAAGUUAGCGGAUCUGUUCAGAUAUGUUCCUCGGGAGCAGUUGACCAUUCCAGACUUCGUUUUCCAGCAUGACGUUGAGCUUCAAGGAGGAAAAGCUCUUGGGAUUGAUUCUAGAACUCGUACUAAAGCAAAUAGAAGCCUUCUGACCUCUCGGUAGCAGUGUUUUUUAACGCUGUUUUGUAAAGCUGCGUGUGACGCUUGGUGUUGCAACCGACUUUGCAUGAAAUCCUACUGUUCACUUCCAUGUGUUUUCUUGUCUGUAAUUAGUCUUUGUAUUGUAGACAAGGUUGAAGGAUAGUUUCUGAAAGAAAAUCUCUUCAUAAGGUGUUAUAUUAUUUUUAUAAUUUGAUAUAAUGCCUCCGUGCAUUUGACUUGUGCAGCAA